GGUGAUCAAGAAAAAAAAUGACUAGUUCUGAUACUUGGAAAUAAACUGACUUGUAUUUUCUGUUAUCAUAUUCUUCGUCGUUAUUUAACAAGCAGUCAUCCUGGAGUGCCACUAUGGACAAGACUGCCAAGAAUAGUAGAUGUAAGUCGAAGCCUCAGGUCUUCUCCGGUGGAUCCAGAGCUUAAACGACCUCGCAUAACCUGUGUUUAGGUACGAGAUAAACAACGGAGACGGAGCAUGGAAUCGUUAUGCAAUUUGUUAUCGAUUUAGAGUGAAUGUGAUAUUGAGCUGGAAUCAUGGAAAACAUGCCAGAAAUGCCAAAUGGUAUGAGAAGUACCGAAGUGGCUGUAGUCGUUGACAGUUCACAUAAUAUUGAUGGGCAGGUGAUGGAAGACCAGAUAAGUUCUGCGGACAAAAUCACCUACGAGUCUGGAUCUGCUUCUCUGAAAUAUGUUUUUGAUUGCUGGCCUCCACAUGGCAUUGUUGGCAGGUGCCUGACAUGGACAAUAUUAGUUCUCCUAGGAUGGGGAGCUGCAAUUGCUAUCCUUGGUAUUUCAGCCCUUCCUGGUGGCAAUAUCUUCUCCCUUAUGUGUCUCUUCUGUAUUGCUUUGCUUGGAGGUCAGCUGGCUACACUAGCCAAGCUUCCUUCACUGAUGGGUAUGCUUGUAGUGGGUAUUAUCCUCAGCAGUGUUCCUGGGAUCAACUAUGUGGGCAAUAACAUAGAUAAAGAAUGGUCUUCUGCUCUUCGCAACAUUGCACUGGUGGUGAUACUUCUCAGGGCUGGUCUUGGGCUAGACCCUGCUGCACUUAAGGAGUUGAGCUUCAUGGUGCUGAGGCUUGCUUUCACACCAUGCAUUGUUGAAACUAUCACAGUGGCCACUGUUACACAUCUUUUGCUUGGCUCAUGGCUUUGGGGGUUAAUGCUGGGGUUUAUAUUGUCAGCUGUAACUCCAGCUGUGAUUGUCCCCUGCAUGAUAAAGCUUUCUGAGGAAGGCUAUGGCAUGGACAAAGGAAUCCCAACCCUAGUGAUUGCAGCUUCCAGCGUUGAUGAUGUACUAGCAAUUUCUGGUUUUGGAGUCCUUAUGGGCAUUACCUUUGCAGAAGGAUCUCUAUGGUGGAUAAUCUUAAAAGGCCCCAUUGAAGUGGUGAUGGGUCUUGUGUAUGGACUUGGUGUUGGAGCCUUGUUUUGGGUCUUACCAAAUAUUGAGGAAAGGAGUGCACAAAAUCUAAGAUUUUUCUUGCUAGGAUGUGCAGGACUUCUGGCAGUCUUUGGAAGUCAGAUGGCGCAGUUUGGAGGAGCUGGAGCUCUUGGAUGUCUAGUCAUGGCCUUUGUGGCAGGUAUUGGAUGGAGGCGGCAGGGGAUGUCAGAGGACAACAAUCCUGUGGAUGACAAGCUGUUGAUAAUGUGGGAACUUUUUCAGCCCUUCUUGUUUUCUCUCAUUGGGGCAGAAAUACAGGUCUUAACUAUUACUGUUCUGGUGAUAUUAAUAACAGCACCUCUUGGUGCUGCUGCCAUCAUGCUAUCAGCUCCAAAGUUACUCUCAAAAGGGAAGACCAAGGAUACUCUUGAUUUACCUGAUGGAUUGCCUGAUCCCUGAGGACUCCUCCAAUAGAUUUCUCUUCAGUGUAGAGUAGGUUGAUGUAGGCAAUUAACACAGUCAUGUUAAAAGUGCAAUAUUUUCUCACACUGUCCCUUAUUACUUUUAAUCCCUUUUAGUAUACUUUUAGAAAAUACAAAGCAGAUGAAUAUAGAACUAUUAAGAGUAAGUUGGAUUAAUGCUUUGAGAUUAAGAUAGUGUAGUUGCCAGUUCCAAGAUAUGGGAAAUGAAAUAUUGAAAUAUUAAACUCAACGAUAAGAUUUUGUUUAUCUAUAAUACAUUCUUGCAGAAUCUGAUCAUUGAAUAUAACUCUCUCUAUACCUAAAGAAGAUUUUCCAUUUUAGUCAGAAUGACCAGUCAGAGGACUGUAAUAUUUUUCAUGAAUUUAUGCAUAUUUAUUAUUUGUAAUUAAAUCUAACAUUCUUGUAUCUGCAUAUUUGAAUUUUAUACAAAGGUUGAACAUAUGAAUAAAACUACUUACCUAU